UAAAGGUAUCCAUGGUUCAUGUGGGGGUUGCUACACAAAGAGAAGAUUGAUGACAGCGAAGCAGAUUUUAACAAAGACUUCUUCUCUGCAUUCAGAGAAAUCUCAUUGAACCAUUACCUGGCGCUCUACUCUCUCGUGGGCGCCACCCUCUCUCUCUGUCCCAUUUCCUUCUUCACGUAAACUGCAUUUCACAGAUCUUCCCGGCAUCUCUCCCUCCGUUGUUUUUUCUCGCUUUCUUCCCAACGCUUCUCUGUCGACAAAUCCAGGCAGUGGAGGAGUGAGAUUGGCAUAGCUCAUAUAUAGAAAACCAGAUAUCCGUAGUCUCUAAAAGCUUCCCCAAUCCCCACUUCCUUAUCCUUCCUUUCCUCGAUGAUGGCGACACAACCCCGAUCAUACCACAUUGCCGCUGGUGCAGGUGGCCAUCACGCACCGGAAGACACGACCUUUACGAAAAUCUUCGUUGGGGGUCUCGCAUGGGAGACGCAAAGGGAAACCAUGCGUCUCUACUUCGAGCAGUUUGGUGAGAUCAUCGAAGCCGUCGUCAUCACCGAUAAGCACACUGGGCGUUCCAAAGGCUACGGCUUUGUGACAUUUAAGGAUCCCGAAGCGGCGGCGCGUGCUUGCCUUGAUCCGUCGCCGGUGAUCGAUGGCCGACGAGCAAACUGUAACCUUGCUUCGCUCGGCGCAACCCACCGGCCUCGCCCUCCUGCUCUGCAAAUUGGAACUAGCCGUUUUUGGCCUCCGAUGGCGGCAUUCCGUGGACCCUCUGCUUCCACCGCUUACGUCCAUCAACCAGCUCACUAUGCCUUACAUUAUCCUCUCUACGGUUACAACGGCGGAUACUCACAAGAAAAUGUAUACCCAAUGAGUUAUUACGGUUUAGCAGCCGGAGGGCAGCAACACCAGCUCUCUCCGUACUAUCCGACAACAUCGCCAGGAGUUUUUUCAAGCUUCUAUCCUUACUACACUCAUUAUUCACACUCCAGCCACGCACAAGGGGGCUUUGGACUGCAUUAUCCACAAAUGAUUCAAUAUCCUUACCUUCCUCCUCAACUUGGCUCUAGUUCUGCUAUCCUUUCCUUCCCCACCACGGUUUCUGCUACGGCUUCUGUAGGUUCCAUGACGGCGUCUAGCUCUUCGAAGCCUCCUGGAAGCAUCCAGGAGCAGAGACCAACUGCUUGAUCUAAGAAAGUCGAUAUUUGUCUUCCAUGCAUUUUCUUCAUCUACGAACAAUGAUUCAGAUAACAAAAUUAAGAGAGAGAACUGCCAUGUUUCUAAUGGUGAAGGAAUGAUUGGGAUUUCCUUCUCUUUGUCCUCUCUAUUGGCCGUAGAGGACAUAACUAACCUCAAAUCAUUGCAUUCAACAAGCAAGCGAGAUCGGAUUAGCUCGCUUGCUCCACUAAUACCUCUGUGGUCCUGACUGGUCCAUUUCUGUCAUUUGAACUUAUUUCUACCAGAUAAAUUUAUAAUUUUUUAUCCGUUUUUUUCUAUCACAUUGUGAGUUACAUUUCUACCUGUUCAUUUCGAGUCAAGCUGACAUUGUUGAGAAGAAAUUACUACAUUGCACCAAGAUUUGAGCUUUAUUGGGUCCCAAUGGUGGCGAAGAAGACGGUUUUAUGUCUCCAAGCCGGUAAUUCUUCAAACAGCAGCAGCCGAGGGAUGGUUUCUGCUGAUAGAUUUACUUGUAAUAACUAUCUUCCUUUUAUCUGUAACAAAACACGUCCUUAUUUCUAUUAAUUAAAAUUUGAGGCAUGAGAUGGACAAGCUGAAACCUUUCAAGUUCGCAA